AUGCGGAUCUGUGCAGCGUCGAUCCUGCUCUGUUGUCUCUUAGCACCGGUUAUCAUCGAAAAGAAGGACAUCACACCACCGACGCAUCUCUCCAUUUUAGUGGAUACAUCGCAGAGUAUGCAACUCGUUGAUGCACCUACAAAUGACACAUCCACGUCUCGGUUGAGUCAAGUGAAUCAACUGCUGUUCAAUGAGCAGGGACAAUUCCUACAAGCACUACAUGACCGCUUUGAGGUGCAUCUCUAUCCUUUUGAUACAGGACUUCAUCAAAGCACGGUGUUACCACAAGACCUCGAUUCCGAAACAUUACCACAGUUUGAACCGAACGGAACACUCACCGAUAUUGGAACAGCUAUACGAGAAGCGGCAGCCGCAUGGAAGGGACAAAACACUGCGGGGAUUGUGCUUAUUACGGAUGGCGGACAUAACUCUGGACAGUUUCCUUUAGAAGAUGUUACCGCGUUGGACGUGCCAGUCUAUGCAAUAGGGGUCGGUUCUGUGGAACCCCCAAAAGACAUUCAGAUUCAACAUAUCGAUUACACACCAAUUGCCUAUACAAACCAUGAGAGCAUCAUCCGUGUGACGGUUGUACAAACAGGCUAUACUGGUAAAACGACACGACUCUCUUUGCGGGAGAUGCAGCGUAAAACCCUCGUAGAUACCGCGACAUUAACCUUUAACCAGUCCCCGAACGCAACACCCGCGAAUGCUACCACAACACAGGUCGUUGAAUUGAAAUUGACACCGCAGGUUGAAGGAAACUUUCAAUAUACCGUUGAACUUCCGGUGCUUGAUGGUGAAUUGACAGAAGCGAACAAUCAAAAGACGUUUUCAGUAAAGUUGUGA